UAAACUCCACGUAUUAGUUUAAUUGUACCAAGUCAGAGUUUUACAAUUGAAAACACAAUGCCAAGUGUUUAAUAACUAUUUUUAAGAACAGAAUUAGGGAAUAGAAGUGUUAACACGUCUUGCCAUUGCGAUGAAAGUACCAGAACAGAGUCGUUUCGCAAUUUACGCCUUUGGCAUCUUUUUUUUGUACUUUCUCUACGGAAUUGUUCAAGAGAAAUUAACGCGGGGCCGGUACGGCGACCAGUUGCAACCAGAUGGCAAGACGGGUGAACGGUUCACAUAUACACUGGCCCUCGUCUGGGUACAAUGCCUCUGCAAUUAUCUAUUUGCCAAAGGCAUGCUCACUGUAAAGCCCCAAAAAGAAGACACCACCUACACAGGCUACUACGCCGCCUGUUCGCUCACCUAUCUGCUGGCCAUGGUAUCCACUAACAUGGCACUGCGCUGGGUACCCUAUCCCACAGCCGUGGUGGGCAAAUCAGCAAAGCCGAUUCCGGUUAUGAUUCUGGGCGUGCUAAUUGGACGUAAAUCGUACAGCUGGACGCGAUAUGGCUGUGUCUUGACUAUUGUGCUGGGCGUCAUACUGUUCAUGUAUAAGGAGAGCCAGAUCGCCAAUUUGCCCACAGAGACAACAGGCCUGGGUGAGCUGCUGCUUUUUCUGAGCUUAUCUAUGGACGGACUGACGGGAGCAAUUCAGGAGCGAAUGCGUGCAGCAAGCGCGCCAUCGGGACAACAGAUGAUGUUGUCCAUGAAUUUCUGGAGCACACUCAUCCUGGGCGUGGCCAUGCUGGUAACAGGUGAGGGCGUGGAGUUCAUACAAUUCGGUUUGCGUCACUAUGAGGUAUGGUUCCACUUAUUCAUGAUUGCAUUCUGCGGAGCCUUGGGCCAGUUAUUUAUCUUCUUGAUGGUUGCCGGCUUUGGGCCCCUGGCUUGUUCUGUGGUCACAACGACACGCAAAUUCUUCACCGUCCUCUGCUCCGUUUUGCUAUUUGGCAACGUGCUAAUCGCUCGACAAUGGUUUGGCGCUCUUUUGGUGUUCGCUGCUCUGUUUACGGAUAUGCUGUAUGGCAAGAAGAAGGAUACGGCAAGCAAGAAACCACCUCCCGGCGAAGGCAAGCUUAAGGAGGAAGAAAAGAGCUUGAUUUCGUAGAAUUUAUUAUAAAUAAUAAUAGCUUUAUUUUCGGCCGUACAUUACAAAUCGCCUGUAGUUAUGUAUAAAAUAAGCAUGUGCUGAAAGACGUACAAAAGUAAAAUUUGUUGUAUUAAGUAGCAGAA